AUGGCCACUGCGGAAUUGUUGGCCGAUAUUGAGGCGGGAAACCUCCGUAAGAGCGUGUCGGAAUCACAAUACAACGAGGUAUUGGCUAAAACCUAUAGCAACUUGAGGGAAAAGUACGGAGAUGAACAGAACUACAAGUUUGAUCCUGAAAAGCACUUAAGCUACUACUCUGCCGAUCCUUUAGAUCAACACAAGUAUCACGAGACUCGCAGAUUGACCAUGGCCGAGUUGGGACUCACAAACAAAAACCAGAUCUCACCUAUCGGAGUAUCUGACCCGUUUCCUCUCUUCACUGAUGAAGCAACUGACAUCAUGAAGAUGGAGUGCUUACGCAAGGACAUCUUCCUCAAGUACGCUAGAGAGUCAUUCAACUCCACCAGUGGAAUGGACUGUAUUGUUCGUGGCUAUGCCAAAACUAAAGGAACCAUCAACACUCAGUUUGUUCAUGAUGCUUGGACCCAUCCCAAAACUAUCGAGUUGAUCUCUACUAUGGCUGGUGUCGAGUUGGAGGUAAUAAUGGACUACGAAAUUGCCCAGGUGAACAUCGGCGUGACGCCAAAGGAGGUGGCUGAAAACCAGAAAAAUGCUGUUGAAGCCGCUGACGAUAUGCCUGCUAUCAUUGGCUGGCACUACGACUCCUAUCCGUUCGUGUGUGUUCUCAUGCUUUCUGAUACUUCGGCGAUGAUUGGAGGCGAGACUUACCUUCGCAUGGGUGACUCGAAACUUGCCUGUGUUCUGGGCCCUCAAAAGGGCUCUGCUGCAGUGUUGCAAGGUCGCUUGAUUGAACAUUUGGCUAACAAACCUGUAGGUGCAACCGAAAGAAUCACUAUGGUGACUUCCUAUCGAGCCAAAAACUCAAUUAUCCACGAAGGUUCCGUAUUGGGAACUGUGAAGCCUGAAAUUAACUUUGGUACCAGACCUGACGAUUUCUAUCCUGACUGGGUCAAGUAUAGAUCUCAGGUGAUCAAGGACAGGUUGGAUGCGUUGGUGAAACAAUGUGAAACAAACGACAAGUUUGAAAGAAAGAUAACCAUGGAUACUUUGAGAGACAUCGAGGCUUACUUACACCACACAACCAAGGAGAUGGAUAUCACCCCUGAAGAAUGGGAUGUGAUUGCUAAGAAAGGAUGA